CACGUCGCCAUUACUGCGCAGAGGCGGUCUCAGUGACGCGCACAUUCCUCCUUCCUUCCUCUGUCGUCGUCUCAUUCCUGAGCGAGUUUCUCCUCAGUUCCUCCCCAGCACAACACAGCCGAGCGAGCGAGCGAGCUAGCGAGCCGAGGAGAUCGCCGGACGAGGAUUGACUGGAUUGAGGACGUUCACGCGGAGUAUUAGUAUUUUAUUUUUGGAAUUCCGUUGUUUCCCCCCCCCCAGCCUUUUGAACGCGGGGACGCUUCGUAUCUUUCUGCGUGGACGUUGGGAGCGACCAUGUUGUUGUUCUUCCUAGGCAGGUGAUAAGAGGAGAAGCCGGCCGCAGUUCGCCAGCUCCAAGAAGAUCUGAGGGGAACGUGGGACCGGUCGCUCCCAGAGGCCGAAGAUGAACCCGCUGGCGUGCCACUGACAGGAAUGAUAUCCUGAGCUUUUUCCUGACAGCCAGCGACUCAGCGAUGAGCCUGAGGAUAUAAUGGCAAAGAACAAGGAUGCGCGCCCCCCGACAUUCGCCGUCAGCGUGGUUGGCCUCUCCGGGGCGGAGAAAGACAAGGGAAACUGCGGCGUGGGCAAGUCGUGCCUGUGCAACAGAUACGUGCGUCCCGACGCCGACGACUACUACUCGGAGCACACGUCCGUGCUGAGCACAAUCGACUUUGGGGGGCGCGUGGUGAACAAUGACCACUUUCUGUACUGGGGCGACGUUCCCCACAGGGGGGACGAGGGACUGGACUGUAAGAUCCAAGUCAUCGAGCAGACGGAGUUCAUCGAUGAUCAGACGUUUCAGGCGCACCGGAGCACCAACAUGCAACAGUACAGCAAACGGGCGGCGACGACCAAGCUUCAGUCUGCCGAAAAGCUCAUGUAUAUCUGCACAGACCAGCUGGGCCUCGAGCAGGACUUUGACCAGAAGCAGAUGCCGGACGGGAAGCUGAACAUUGACGGCUUUGUACUCUGCAUCGAUGUCAGCAAGGGCUGCAACAGGAAGUUUGAUGACCAAAUGAAGUUUGUCAAUGGCCUCUACUCUCAAAUCGCCAGGUCAAAGAAACCCAUUGUGGUCGCUGCCACCAAAUGUGAUGAGUUUGUAGAUCAGCACCUGAAGGACCUUUACACUUUUGUGGCCAGCAAGAAGAACUUGCUCCUUGUCGAGACGUCGGCGCGCGCCAACGUCAAUGUGGAGCUCUGUUUCAACGCUCUCAUCCAGCAGCUGGACAAAACCAGGGGCAAGCCAAAAAUGGUGCCAUACUUGGAGGCUGAUAAAGUCCAAAGGCAGCUUGUUGCCUCAGUGACGGAAAGAUUUGAGAAACUCAUGGUGCAGAUGGUUAGAGAUUACCAUACCACAUGGAAAGCGGUGGUCAGUAACACAAAGGGCAACCCCGACUAUGAAGAGUUCGUCACCUUGGAGGGCUCGAGGAAGGGCAGGAGCAUGUUCACAAAGCACAUUGCACAGCUGAAACAAGAGCACAUCAAGAGGAGGCGAGAGGAGUACCUGACCACUCUGCCCAAGACCCUCAACAACCUCAUAAGCCGCUUGGAUGAGGUGGAGCACCUGACGUGGGCCGAGGCGCAAAGCAUCAUCCGCAACCGCUCUGAUUUCCAGUGUUGGUUUGUGGUACUGGAACAGACGCCGUGGGACGAGUCGGACCACAUCGACAACAGCGACCGGCGGAUACCUUUCGACCUCCUGAGCACGCCCGACGGCGAGAGGAUUUACCACAACCACGUCCAGCACCUGCUGUCGGAAAAGAGGAGGGGAGACAUGAAGGAGAGGUUCAAGAAGACGCUGGACAGGGUUCACUUUAUCAGUGCCGGGCAGCCUUGGGAGGAAGUCAUGUGCUUCGUUAUGGAGGAUGAAUCCUCCAAGUUCAUCACAGAAUCAGAUAGGAGGGAUGUUUACUGCAGACACCAGCAGGAAAUAGUUGAGCGGGCCAAAGAGGAAUUUCAGGAAAUGCUUUUUGAGCACGCCGAGCUCUUCUACGACUUGGAUCUGAACGCCACGCCGAGCUGCGACAAGAUGAGUGAAAUUCACAGCGUGCUCAACGAGGAGCCUAGAUACCGGGCACUACAGAAACUGGCCCCGGACCGUGAGUCGCUGCUCCUUAAGCACAUCGGCUUCGUUUACCACCCCACCAAGGAAACUUGCCUGAGCGGGCACAACUGCGUGGACCUGACAGUGGAGCAUGUUCUCGCCAACAGGCUGGUUCAGCUGGACCACGGCCGCUCGAACCUCUACUACAACAUUGCCAAUGUAGACAAGAUCAACCUCUGCCUCCUGGGAAGGGAGGGCCUCUCGCAAGAACUAGCCAAUGAGAUUCGAGCUCAGUCCACGGACGACGAGUACACCCUCGAUGGCAAAAUUUACGAAAUGGAGCUUCUGCCCGUGGACGUCAACUCCACAUUGCUCUUCAGUCACACCUGGGUGUCCACGUUCAAGCCGCACGGCUGCUUCUGCGUCUUCAAUUCCAUCGAGUCCCUCAACUGCAUCGGGGAUUGCAUUGGCAGGAUCCGAGCGGAGAUCGCCCAGGGCAGGAGAGAGAAGUUCUCUCCUCCUCUCCCGUUUAUCCUCAUCCUGGCCAAUCAGAGGGACAGCGUGUGUAAGAACAUACCUAUCCUGCGGCACCAGGGCCAGCAGUUGGCCAAUAAGCUCCAGUGCACCUUUGUGGACAUUCCAACCGGUGCCUUUCCGCGCAAGUUCACAGAGUUCCAGAUCAAGCAGGGCCUUCGAGCGGUUCUGGACGGCCUCAAGCAGAACUUUGAUGUCCUGGCGCCGCUGCCCUCCAUCAAAGACUUGUCGGAGGCCGACCUCCGGAUUGUUAUGUGCGCCAUGUGUUGGGACCCCUUCAGCGUCGAACUCAUUCUCUCGCCUUUUCUGGAGUCGCACUGCUGCAGCGCCGGGCAGCCGGGCCAGGCCAACACGCUGCUACUGGACAAGAUCAUCGGGGACAGCAGGAGGAGGAUUCAAGUCACCGUCCUCUCCUACCACUCGGCCAUCGGUGUCCGCAAAGAUGAGCUGGUGCACGGCUACAUCCUGGUCUACUCGGCCAAGCGCAAGGCGUCCAUGGCGACGCUGCGCGCCUUUUUGGCCGAGGUCCAAGAUGUGAUCCCCGUCCAGAUGGUAGCCAUCACAGACAGCCAGGCAGACUUCUUUGAAAACGACGCCAUCAAGGAGCUGAUGACCGAAGGCGAACACAUCGCCACGGAGAUCGCUGCCAAGUUUACGGCGCUGUACUCGCUGUCGCAGUACCACCGGCAGACGGAGGUUUUUACGCCCUUCUUCAACGAAGUGCUGGAGAAGAAACCAAAUAUUGAGAGCUCCUUCUUGUUUGACAGCUCGUCGAGGGAGUGCACCACUGGGGCCAGUGAAGAAGUCUUCCAGACCUCGCCACAAAGCCACUCUCCAGCCUACAACACGUACUACCCGGAGUCCGACGACGACAACGAAGCCCCUCCGCCGUACAGUCCGAUAGGCGACGACGUCCAGCUUCUUCCCACGCCCAGCGAGCGCACCAAGUACCGUAUCGACCUGGAGGGCAACGUGUACCCGGUCCACAGCACGCCUUUGGGCGACAACGAACGCAACCACAAAGUGCCUCCGCCCGUUCGACCCAAGCCGGCUCUAUCCAAACCCAAUGUGAAAAAAUUGGACCCCAACUUGCUGAAAACCAUCGAAGCCGGAAUGCGAAGCAACCGCCGCCCGCCGCGCAUACCCGCCACGCACUCAAACGACGUGGAAGCUUCGGACAACUAUGCAGACCCCGCAGACACCCUGCUGAGGACCAGGGGCUUCCACACCGACGACAUUUACGCCGAGCCCGACGACACGCACCGCCGCCUAGUUAAGAUCCCAAACUCGUUCGGCCUGCACGGGGGAGGAGAGGACGAGAACGGAUACGAUCGCAAGACUCAGACCGGACGCCGGCCCUCCAAGUACAAACACCGCUCCAAAAUCCUCUUCAGCAAGACCAAAGCCUACCAAAGACGCUUCCACUCGGACAGCGACGGCGAGGAGACGGGCCCCGCCACGCAGAAGAAAAAGAAGGGAAGGGCCCACCGGGGCAGCGAGGAGGACCCGCUGCUGUCUCCCGCAGACCCCUGGAAGGGUGGCAUCGACAACCCCGCCAUCACCUCCGACCCCGAGCAGGAAGAUAAGAUGAAGAAGAAGAAGAAGACGCCCAAGACGCCAAAAGAACCCAAGAAAGCCAAAUCUUCGAAGCCGCCCAAGCCGCUGUACCCUCCCACCCGAAGAACGUGGGAGAGCAACAACUUCGGCGUGCCGCUGCGCAACCUGGUGGCCCCCGAUCGACCCAUCCCGCUCUUCGUCGAGAAGUGUGUGGACUACAUCGAGCGCACGGGUUUAACCACCGAAGGCUUGUACCGCGUCAGUGGCAAUAAGACUGACCAGGACAACAUCCAGAAGCAGUUUGACCAAGAUCUGAGCGUGGACUUCGUGGCGCUGGACGUGGCCAUCAACGCGGCGGCCGGAGCGCUGAAGGCGUUCUUCGCCGACCUGCCCGAGCCGCUCAUCCCGUACAGCCUCCAUCCCGAACUGGCGGAGGCCGCAAAAAUGGUGGACUACGUGGAGCGUCUGCAGGUCCUCAAGGAAAUCGUCAAGAAGUUUCCCCCGGUCAACUAUCACGUCUUCAAAUACAUCAUCACGCACCUCAACAGGGUAAGUCAGCACAGCAAAAGUACGCUGAUGACUGCCGACAAUUUGUCCAUCUGCUUCUGGCCGACGCUGAUGCGGCCCGACUUUGAGAACAAAGACACGCUGUCCACCACCAAGCUCAACCAGGCCGUGGUGGAGGCCUUCAUCCUGCAGAGCGACUUCUUCUUCCACGGCGGCGACGUCCCCGAAGGCGACGGCGCCCCCGGGCCCCCGCCGCCGCCGCCGCACCGUUGCCACGAGAUGGUGGAGGCGCUGCUGCCCCUGCAGCUGCCGCCCCCCCUGCAGCCGCAGCAGAUUCGCCACGCGCUGCCCCCCGACCCCCUCAUUUGAGCGCCGCCCCUUCUCGUGUUUGCAAACAGCAAAAAGGGACUCCUCGUUGUUUUCAUCCAGCUCGAAAGAACAAAACGUUGACCCCGUUUGUCUUAUUUCAAUUUCUGGCUCCGAUCCAAAAUCGGAAAUUGGAAAAAGGCAGCAGGACCGCCGUUCGUGAAAAUUCGCAAGUAAUUGACAUACAAUUGACCAUACCUGGCAACGAAGCGCUAUUGUCGAAAUGAAACUCCUCAACUCACUUAAACUGAGGCGCUAACAAAUAUUAGGGAAAUCGUGACUUAGGAAAAAUGUCUUAUUAUUAUUCUUGGGUGUUAAUAUGCAGGGUUCACUGUGAUCGGUCAGCUUUAUGUGACCGGAAGUUGAAGUUGAAGCUAUGUUAGCUUGUUAGCCGCCUCACUCAGUUAGGCAGACGCGCACGCACGCGCACAAUUGCUAGCACGUGAUUACGACACGUGUCAAACUGUUGAUUUGCUGCAAACGUGCUCGUGUUUUGUUGUCGUCGUCGUACGGAAAAGAGAGAAGAGAGGAGAGGAGAGGACAGGAGAGCGAUUCCGUUUCCGUCGUUCGCUUUCCGGAAAAGUGAGUGAGUUUUCUGCCCGACGACAGCUAUAUUCAAAUGAAAUUUAGUUAUGUGGCCGUUUUUAAAUUAGCUUUUUUUUUGUCUUAGCCAGCAAUUGAAGUAUGACAAAUCCGGACAUUUUUCAUUGGAUUUCAAUCCGAAAGAACUUUGAGUCCCGUUUUGGUUUUUGCCGAGAAAAUGUGAAGACGGCUGAUCGCCCCCUUGUGGAGAACGGCAUCACGACGUCACUUUUUGGACCGUUUUCCUUUGGAUCUUUUUUGGCACAUAGCGAUGACGUUUUCAUGUUGCCUGUGCUCGACGGGGUCAAGGGUCAACUGUGGGACUUGUUGUGCGUGACCUCCCAAGGUACAAAAAAAAGAAAAGAAAAAAAAAAGACUCCAGGUCUUCCUAAAGGUUUUCACAUUGCAGCACAGGAACCUCAUCUUCAUCACUUGUAGAUAAUUGAGAAGAGCACAGUGGCUUUUGAUCACUUUUCUUUUUUGAUAUAUUUCUAUGUGCUCUCAUUUCUACCCUGUUUGUGUGUGUGCAUGUGUGUGCGCGUCCGUGUACGGAUUCAGGAGGGAAACUUAAGUGGAGAAAGGGACGAACUGCCAAACCACUACAGGCCACUGCUGCAUGUUUUAGUGAAAAAAAACAUUCAUGUUAUUGUCAAGAAUGUUUUUUCAGUUAAAGGGGACUUUUUUUUCUUUGACAUUCAA